AUGGAAGAAUUUCUUUUAACAAGAGAAUCCCUUGAUAUCGUUAGGAUUUCUAUGGCAUUAUAUGUACGAGUAGAACAAGGUGAAUGGAGUGGCGUUCUUGAGAAGAAAGUGGAGAAUUUUGAAAAUAUCUUGGAAAGAGUUUUAGGACAAGUUCCCUCAGAAGAUGUAGAACAAAAAAAGAAGCUUCGAAGUUUUGGUACUGGAAAAAAAUUAGCAAAACGGGUCGCAACUGCAUUCGAAGAUCUAUGUUCACUCUCAGAAAUGAAAGCAUUAGUAAUUGAUACCGAAGCCUGGCAUGAAGAUGCAAAUGUGAAUUUACGAUCUUUGAAACGUGAUGUUGGACGGUGUAUAAGUGAGAGCGCUAGUUAUGAGAAUACCAUGUGGGAGAGAAUAGAAAUGGAACUUAAGGAAAUAAAUGUGGAGGAUCUUGACUUCGAUUAUCUGAUAUGUUCAGGUGUUCUCGAUUUAAAAUCAGUACCCUUUACAAAUAUACCUGGAUCGGUUUGUGAUAUUUUUAAGGAACCAUUUCAGAAAUAUAAGUUAGAACAGAAUUAUAAUGUAAUGGAUGCAUGUAAAGAAUUUAUCCGGAACGAAGAAUCGAAAAUUAAUAUAGAUGAGGUUUUGGGUGAUGUUAAGCAUGGAGAAUGGUUGGAUAAACCUGAAAAAUUACAAGAUCUAACAAAACAGAUGUUAGAAUCAAUGCUCAAAAAAGGAAAGUCGAUAAAUGAAGGCUCAUACGUUUGUGAAGUGCUCGCACCAUUAUUAAAUAUAGUGAUGAGCAAUUUACCAGGAAAUCCAAUAGCGUGGGAUGUAUGGGCUGAUUAUAUGAUGGUGGCGCAGUUGGGAAAAAAUGCUAAACUUGAAAUUGUUUAUCUUGAAACCGGUAGACCUGAUUCCACUCAAGAUAAACGCCUUCGUGAUCAUAAAAAAUUAAUACGUUUUUUCAAAGAUUCUAUUGAUACCACAAGAAGCGUAUUAAAGCUCAAAAAGAUAUUCAACCAAUCAUCGAAGAGACAGAAUUUGUCUAUAUUUACUAUUAACGUUGCAGGCGACGUUAUAGAACUUUACACUAUACAUAGAGAAUUGGGUAUUUACAGAUAUUGUCUUAUAUAG